AUGCCGUUUACGGCUGCAGAGUUGCCAAAAUUCACCACUCAUCCAGCAAAGUUUAUUCCAACCGUUUUUGGCGGUCAUGUACUCGUCUACGAAAGCCGUUCACAUCCUGGUCAUCGGCGUGAGUUUGCCUUCAAAACACGAUUUACAAACCAGUCUGGUGUCAGCUCAUGCUACUACAGAUGUAUGUCAUGUCGUUCUAUGAAAAGCAAAGUACCGCUUGGCCCGGACGGUAAACCUCCGCAAAUUCCCUGUAUUGCAGUCAAAAAUGGAUUCAUUGUUAAUGAUCCAGAUUUUCCGGAAGCCAAUGACCACUUCUGUAUCCCACCAACGAUCGAAGAAUCUAAACAGCGAGAAGCUAACGGAUUUGCUAAAGCAAUUGUUAAGGGUCGCCCAAGACAGCGUACAAGAACCGGGAAGCCUGCGCUGAAACGUCAAACAUUUUUUGGUCAAGUUCAACCGGCGCAACAGCUGAAAAACGUCUUCAGGAGCGAGAAAACUGACAAUAUUUUUGAUAUUUCAGCUUUCAAUAUCAAUGAAUCACUCAUUGCUGCAUCGUCAUCUACACUGGUUGAUCCGGCAAGUGAAGUGCUGAAUCGCGCAUUGCAGAUGAAUUUUUUGCAGCGUGCGCAUAAUGAAAUGUUGGUUGCUGAAGUAAAGUCUGAAGAGGAUGACAGUGAUGGGACAGAAAAAGCAAAUAACCUUUUAGCAUCUUUAAUUAGUUCUGAACCAGCGUUACGUAGUGGUAUAACGGUUUCGCAGAAGAAUUCCAAUGUUGAAUUGUCGGAUAAUAACGUCGAGGACACCGACGAUUGCUGUUCAGAGUAUCAGACCAUUCCGAAUGCGUCAAUGCUUAAUUCGCUGCAUCCUCCAAGUACUGUCUCUUCGUCAUCCAGUCUUGAUUCUAGUGCGAUUAUGCCAGCUAGCCGAAAACGUCGGGCAGCUUCUGAAAAGCAAGAUUUUGACUGUCUUGUAGAUGAGUAUAUUGACCGGUAUGUGAUCAAUAACUGGGAUUUACCUGAAAAUAAUAUGGCUGGGAACUCGAGAAGUGCUACGGAAUUAACAUGCUGCUUGAUUUUGUCGUUGGCAAGAAAGAUAGCUUCAGCGGAUGCUUCGAUGAAAAAAGGCAAAUGGAGCAGAAGGGAAUUUAUGAGUGAGGAAGUUUUUGGGAAGACGCUUGCUGUUAUCGGACUUGGACGAAUUGGAAUGGGAGUUGCUUCCAGGAUGCAGGCUUUUGGGAUGAGAGUUGUUGGUUAUGAUCCCGUUGUUGAUACUGAGGCUGCUGCAAAAGGCGGUGUACAGUGGCUUCCUCUAGAAAAAAUAUGGCCAGUUGCUGAUUAUAUUACCCUGCAUGUGCCAUUAAUACCACAGACCAAAGAUCUAAUAUCAAUGAAGACGUUGAAAAUGUGUAAAAAGGGUGUGAAAGUGAUUAACGUGGCUAGAGGAGGUAUUGUCAAUGAGCAGGAAUUGGUGGAUGCCCUGAACGACGGGCUCGUCAGUGGAGCAGCUAUUGACGUCUUCGUGCAAGAGCCCCCAACGUACAGAGAAAUUGUCGAACAUCCCAAGGUAAUUUGCACGCCCCAUUUGGGUGCAAGCACUGUCGAGGCUCAACGUCAAGUUGGUAGGGAGGUUGCAGAAAACAUUAUUGCAAUUAACAAUGGGCUUGGCUUUCCAGGAGUUCUGAAUGCUCCUAUGUUAAAUGCUGUGUCCAGCAAAACAGUGGCGGUUUGGGUUCGUGCUAUCAGCGUUUUGGCUCGUGUUGCCUCAACAGUGUCAACUGAAAGCAGCAAAAUGACUGUAAAAUAUCCAGCUGACGGACUUUUAUCAGACGUUGUUGGACUGGAAAAAACACUAAGUGCAGCGGCGGCGAUUGGUAUUUUGCAUGCGAAAGGAAUUUCAAAUGUUAAUUUGAUUAACGUAGAGUUGAUUGCUCGAAAUGAAGGAAUACAGGUCGCUGUAGAACCGCAUGAAGAGCAACUAUUCACUGUUUAUACAGAAACUCAAAGUGUCACAGGCUAUGGUACUCAGCAAGGUACUUUUAUAACAGCGUUCGGUGAGUUCAAGGUACCAGUAACAUUAUUAGCUGUUGGGACGAUGGUUGUAAAUUUGAAAGAAAACUCAUCUAUUGCUCAUAUAUGCGAAUCAGCAAAGGCUAAACUCUGUAUGGAAUUUGGUAUGAUUGGCGGCGGCCACAUUGCUACACUUUCAUCACUUACUGUUGAAGAACGUGAACUCUUUGAAAAAGCCUGUUGUUUUGUUAUAAAGUUUAGUUAA